AUGCAGUACCGAUUCCUACUAUCAACAAUAGUCCUAUUCUCGAUCUUGUCAUACGCGAUCGCUAAGAAAAACUUUUAUCAAAUCCUUGGUGUUGAUAAAUCUGCUUCAGAUAAAGAGAUCAAAUCUGCGUAUCGUCAAUUAACAUUAAAGUAUCACCCAGAUAAGAACCCAGGAGAUGAAGCGGCUCAUGAUAAAUUUAUAGAGAUUGGUGAAGCUUACGAAGUAUUGAGUGAUGCCACCAAACGGAAAAAUUAUGAUACAUUUGGUGAUCCAAAUGGACAACCUCAGCACAAUUUUGAUUUCGGUGAUAUAUUUGGCCAAUUCUUUGGUGGACAUGGCGGCGCUGGUGGUGGAGGAAACAGGCAACCACAAGUGAAACGUGGCAGCGAUGCCAACGUCGAUGUUCAUCUAUCACUAAAGGAUUUUUAUCGUGGUAAAUUAGUGGCUUUUGACGUUGUGAUGCAAAAUGAUUGUUCUGUUUGUGAUGGAACUGGAUCCAAAGAUAAGCAACGUCAUACAUGUGAGAAAUGUCAAGGUACUGGUCAAAUCAUUGUUCAACAUCAAUUGGCACCAGGUUUUGCUCAACAGAUUCGUAUGGCAUGUGAUGUAUGUGGAGGUACAGGAAAGCUGGUUAAAGAUGCAUGUAAAUCAUGUAGUGGACAAGGAGUAGUUAGAGGACCACGACAUUAUGAUGUUCAUUUGGAGAAAGGGCAAGUUAGAGAUAGUUCAAUACGUCUUGAAGGUGAAGGAGACAAGAGUCCUCGAUGGGUACCCGGUGAUUUAAUUGUUAGGUUCAGAGAGAAGUUUAAUGACAGUUGGGGGUAUAGAAGAGUCAGAGAUAAUUUGUACCGUACCGAAGUGUUGUCAUUGAAAGAAGCAUUGCAAGGUGGAUGGGAGAGGCAUAUACCAUUCCUUGGUGAAGUUGAUGGUGAUGAUGAAGGUGGGGAUGACGAGUACAAGGAAGUUGUAUUGAAGCGUGCCAAGGGUGAAAGUGUAAUGGAUGGACAAGUUGAAGUUGUUAAAGGAUAUGGUAUGCCAAUUGUGACUGAUCAUGAUGAAGAAGAUAAGUUUGGUGAUUUGUAUAUUGAGUAUAAGGUGGUGUUACCAGGCGAUAGUAAAGCCAAGGAGAGCAUUAAGAAGGAUGAGUUGUAG